UUCUCUCAAGGUCAAUCUGAAGAGACCAUGUCCUUUCUGGGCAGAAGAUGGCCAUUGUUCAAUAAAAGACUGCCAUGUGGAGCCCUGUCCAGAGGGUCUCACUGAUGUCCUCCACUCUUUUCUCAAGUCCAAGCAAAAUUCCAGUCGGAAUUAAAGCUGGGAGUUCUAAUAAGUACUCGAAAGUAGCAAACAAUACCAAAGAAUUAGAAGAUUGUGAGCAAGCUAAUAAACUGGGAGCAAUUAACAGCACACUAAGUAAUCAAAGCAAAGAAGCUUUCAUUGACUGGGCAAGAUAUGAUGAUUCACAGGAUCACUUUUGUGAACUUGAUGAUGAGCGAUCUCCAGCUGCUCAGUAUGUAGACCUGUUGCUGAACCCGGAGCGUUACACUGGCUAUAAAGGGUCCUCCGCAUGGAGAGUGUGGAACAGCAUCUACGAAGAAAACUGUUUCAAGCCUCGAUCUGUUUAUCGUCCUUUAAAUCCUCUGGCACCUAGUCGAGGAGAAGAUGAUGGAGAAUCAUUCUACACGUGGCUGGAAGGUUUGUGUCUGGAAAAGAGAGUCUUCUAUAAGCUUAUAUCUGGACUUCAUGCUAGUAUCAAUUUACAUCUAUGUGCAAAUUAUCUUUUGGAAGAAACCUGGGGUAAACCUAGCUGGGGACCUAAUCUGAAAGAAUUUAAACGCCGCUUUGACCCUGUGGAAACUAAGGGAGAAGGUCCAAGAAGGCUUAAGAAUCUGUACUUUUUAUACUUAAUUGAGCUUCGAGCUUUAUCAAAGGUGGCCCCAUAUUUUGAGCGCUCAAUUGUUGAUCUUUACACUGGAAAUGGAGAAGAAGAUGCUAACACAAAAACCCUUCUACUGAAUAUCUUUCAAGAUACAAAGUCCUUUCCCAUGCACUUUGAUGAGAAGUCCAUGUUUGCAGGUGACAAAAAGGGGGCCAAGUCAUUAAAGGAGGAAUUUCGCUUACAUUUCAAGAAUAUCUCCCGUAUAAUGGACUGUGUUGGAUGUGACAAAUGCAGAUUAUGGGGGAAAUUGCAGACUCAGGGUCUAGGAACUGCUCUGAAGAUAUUAUUCUCGGAAAAAGAAAUCCAAAAGCUUCCAGAGAACAGCCCAUCUAAAGGCUUCCAACUCACUCGACAGGAAAUAGUUGCUCUUUUAAAUGCUUUCGGAAGGCUUUCUACAAGUAUAAGAGAGUUACAGAAUUUUAAAGUCUUAUUACAACACAGUAGGUAAUAAAGGCUUUUAUAUGUCUGAUUAGAGACAUAAUCGGACUGUGGGAAGCGUGUUGGUCUUGGACAUUCAGCAGAAGGAGACUAACCUUCAAAGACUUGAAGAAGGAAUUCUGAACUCUUAAAGAAAAAAUUAAAAUGUUCACUUGAAUAUUUAUGAUUCUUAAUAGAUUGUCAAUUAGAUAUAUUUAUAAAUGAAGUAUAUACUUUUAAAACAUGUAACAUACUAAUUCUGUGUUUAAUUUCAUAUGUUUCCAUCUGUUGAAAUAGUCUAUUCUGUUUGUUUAGAAUUGGUUUUUUCUUAUUCUGUUAUUCUUUAUUUCCAGUUGUCGGACUUAAAUGACCAUUGUAAUAAACACUGUUAGCAGUCUGUUGUGGAAAGGAGAGCUAGAGAACAAAUGUUGCUUCGGGCUAGCAUCAAUGAUAAAAAUUUAUCAGUGAUUUUUCAAACAUGUUCUUAGCCUUGCCUGAUGUCACCUUCUAUAACCCGGAAGCAUCAGUGUAAUGAAUGGCCCUUUCAGUGUAUAGUCACAGAAGGGACUGAAGAAUCCCCAGGACUUCAACUUCAGUUUCACUGGUUUUUAUUUGAGAUUUUUAGUUGCUGUUUUGUUUUGGUCUAAAGGCCCUGCUUCAGGAAAGGUGAAUGCGUACUGUCCCCUCAGCUAGCUGCCCGGCCAGAUUGCCCGUGUGUGUCGUGGGCUGCUCCAGAGGAUUCUUUACUUAGAACCUAUACUCUGUAUCUGUUUUUGAUUUUGCAUUUCUUUGUCCUUACUCCAAUUUUAGAAAAUUUUUGUUCACUUUGAGAAAAAAAAUUUGCAUAAAUACUUGUUUCACUUUGAUAAAAUUUGAAUGGGAUUAUAUGGAUUUAUAAUGCCACUUUUAAAUGAUAUACACAAAAUUUACUCUUUUAAAUUAAGCGUUUUUAAAGGAUUUUAUUUUAGAAUACAAUCUAUGCAAUCCUCUUUCAACCUGAAUUUCUUCGGUAGGUUAAACAGGUAGAUGAAUUCAGCCUUGUGAAGCUUCCCCUCUCCCUUUUUCAUUUCAGUUCAUUGUAUAUAAAUGGUACUCUGUACAGAUGACCUUCAUGUCCUAAGCUCAUUUUCUAAAGCUGGGAUUUAAAUAUCCUUCAAUAUUUAAAAUAUUCUUUUAAAAGCUGUUAGAGAUAGAACGUGAUUAACUUGGAAGGAGGCAUCUGUGUAGAAGUAAUGCAGGUACACAACCUAGAGUUUCUCCUUCGACUCUUCAGUCUUUUAUGAAGUGCUCUUAAACCCGUACCUUACCUGCCAGAGUCUGAAAUGUGUUCAUCGACGAUUUAGUGGUGUAUUUUAAACUGUAUUUAGUUGGCUCACCCCUCUUUUAAAACUAUUUGGUCAUCCCCUGGGAGGGAUAUGGUUGAAAGGAGUAAGGUCUCACUAUUUUCUUACCCAGUUUCAAACUUUAUAGACCCAGGGGUUAUUUGUUGUUGAUGGUGGUGACUUUUUUUUUUGGUUAA